CCUCCACUCCUCCUCAUUAGCACACACACACACACACACUCUCUCGCGCACAGACUCUCAGAGACGCACAGCAGAUAUGGAUAUCCACACCCGGAAUAACAGACUGGACUAUUUGGAAGAUAUGGACCCGAAAAACCCCAAACACACCACCGACGAUCGUCUGGACAGUGGAGUGGACUCUCUAAAAGAGGACGAGUAUCAGCAGCUUGUGCAGGAAAUAGAAGACCUGAACGUGACCACACGGGUCACCCUGCACCACCAGAACCAGGACCACCUGCACCAUGCCUGGAAACACGAAGUUACCGAGGACGGAGACACGUACCUGCACCUCGCCAUCAUACACGAGGCCCAGCAGGAAGCUCUGCACAUCAUCAAACAGUCCUUCAACGACCCCUACCUCGACAGACACAACCACCAGAGACAGACUGCGCUCCACCUGGCCGUGAUCAUGGACCAGCCUCACAUUGUGGAGAAGCUUCUGAAGGCCGGCUGUGACCCGCGGUUGGUGGAUCAGAGCGGGAACACGGCGCUGCACAUCGCCUGCAGGAGAGGAUCUCUGUCCUGUUUCUCCGUCCUCACGCAAAUCAGCACGUCUCACCUGCGCAGCAUCCUGUCUACACACAACUACAGCGGACACACGUGUCUGCACAUAGCAUCCAUCUGUGGCUUCCUGUCUUUGGUUGAGAGAAUUGUGCAACUCGGCGCAGAUAUAAAUGCCAAGGAACAGUGUAGCGGUCGCACGUGCCUCCACCUGGCUGUAGAUCUCCAGAACCUGGACCUGGUGCAGCUGCUGAUCGCUAUGGGCGCCGACGUGAACAGCGUGACGUACGGAGGCCACGUACCUUACCACCUCACCUUCGGCCGCCAGAACGUGGAAAUCCGGCAGCAGCUGUUCAACAGGACGGCGUACGAGCUGCGGCAGUUCCCCGACUCCGAGAGCGAGAGCGAGGACGAGCUCAUGUCCGACGACGACUGUAUAUACGACGACAUCCAGUUUAUCGGGAAGUGAAGUGAACUGAAAGACUUUUUCAAAAAAACCAAAACAAACCAAAAAAAAGGGGAGACAUUUUUCCCAUGAAGCAACACAGAAGGCAGCUGGUCCUCGUAAUAACGCCUGCAGAUCACGGAGAAUCCGUCCGACCCCACCUGACGUGAGGCGACGCGACGCGACGUGACGUGACGGCUCGGAUUUCUCUGCGCACAAAUAAGAGACGGACGAAGGAAAGCACACGAGGCUGAAACAAGGUGCUCAGAGAAAGCAAAGGACUAUGGGAUAUUUCUCCUCCUCCUCAAAAAUCCCAGAAGUGACUCUACCUGAGACGCAGCAUGUAUCUUAUUGUAAAAAAAAAAAACAAAACCAAAAGAAAGAAGCAGAAAAAAGUUCUAUUUUUUUAUACUUGUAAAUAUUAAUUAUGACACUAUUGUAAAUCAUGAUGUAUGUUAUUAUUCUGCAUAUGACUAAAGUUGUUUUAUUAAAAGAAGAACAUUCCGUUUGAA